CUUCCUUAGUAUUAGUUUUUUUUUUUAUCAGAUUUAUUAGUACUGAAAAGCUACAUUGUUUCUGAGCGGUAUCAGCUGUGUAGAAAAAAUAUGGCUCUAAAGGGUAAGCUGGAGACUGAGAUAGAAAUAAAGUCAGCUGCUGAUAAGUACUACAACAUCUUCAGGAGCACUACCCACCAUUUUCCCAAAGCAACUCCUAACAUUAUACAAGCAGUUGAGGUGCAUGAAGGUGAUUGGGAGACACAUGGCUCUAUCAAGUUCUGGAAUUAUACAAUCGAGGGGAAUGCUGAGGUUUUCAAAGAGAAGGUUGAAUUAGAUGAUGCAAACAGGGCAGUAACUCUUGUGGGCAUUGAAGGGGAUGUCAUGAACUAUUUCAAGAGCUUUAAGGGCACCUAUCAGGUUACUCCAAAGGGUAAUGGCAGCUUGGUCAAGUUGACUCUUGAAUAUGAGAAACUGACAGAGGAAGUGCCUGCUCCAAUUAAGUACCACAAUAUGAUGGUUACAAUGACUAAAGACAUUGAUGCAUUCCUUGCCAAGGCAUAAUCAUAAGGGUAUAUGCAUUUUCUGGUGCUUGUUAAGUCAUUUAAGCAUGACAACCAAAGCAGUUUAUGUAUCUAAGCAAGGUUUGUUUUAAAAAAUUAUCGUGUGUUGUGAAUCAUGAAGAGUACAGUUGGUGCUCUUUAAUAUUUAUGCCUAGGAAUAAAACUUUGUAAUCAGUUUUAUAUGUGGCGUAAAAAAAAAAAAAAAAAUUGAAUAAAGUUCGUAUGUUUUAUAUUGA